CCUAAUUUCAACCUCAGGGCUAGUUUACCAUCUUGUCGAUGAGACAAAUCUUAUUUUGACGACCUAACAUCUUCGAGGACAGCGGAACAAUCGCAUCUACUCGCAAUCAGUCCAAUGGCGCAGUCCGUUGACUUGACUCACGCGACACCCAACCACAUCCCGUCAAUUGCCAGACCUUUGGCACCUUACAUCAAAAGCCGCCAAGGUGCCCUACUGAUCCGGCAAGCCUUGACCAUUUACCUUCGUUCGCAUAUCGAGUUCGCAGAAAACAAUACCGAACACCCAGGAUGCCACAGCCAAUCCCAUCUGUCGUUAUCAGUGCCUCACGAAGCGGUGGUCGAUGUCAAGCGGAUUCCAUCGGAGUUGACGGGGUUGCGAAAACAGUACCUGGAAGCGCUCAAAUUGAACGUGGCUGCGAGGAGGGAAUACCAGUCAGUUGUGGAGAAGGCGACUUCUGUGAACCAAGAAAGGGGCAUGACACGGGCGGAAAAGUUACCCGUGGAUUCGUCUUCGGAGUUACAGGAAUACCUGCGGCUUCUCCGUGACCGUCGUCGGCAUGCAAAGCUCCAGGUUUUUGAACACUACAUUCAAGAGCUCAAACAACGUGAUACGCCAAAACCAGCAGAUCUAGAGGAUAGUGGAACUCAUUAUCAGCAGCUCGUGCCACCACCAGAAUUCGAAGUUAUCCAACAUGGCGCUACAACAGGGCUUACCGUCGAAGAGCUUAUGCAUAACCUGGAAAAAGCCGUCAUCCGCGCUAAGGCUCAGCUGGAGAGAGAGAAAGGGUUAUUAGAAGAACUUCAGGCGCAACAGAUGCCCGUUGGGGCCCAAGAUAUCCCACGCGCAGUAAAGGGAAUGGCGUUACAGCGAACUCGAAAUGAGCUGGUGCGUUGGGUGGAGGAGAAACUGGUAAGUGCUGGGAACGAUGAGAACCGUGUAGCCUCUCAGGACUUCCGUUCCGAGGACAUGGAUGAGUCUGUGCGUCUGCUCGGGGAGAAGAAAGCACAGAUCGCACAACAAUACACUACAUAUGCGGAUGCUCGCAAGCGUCUGCUUGAUGCCGCCUCCAGAGCUUGCCAACCAGUUACUCUCCCGGCCGGAAAGCCCCCAUCACGGCCUACUAGCUUAGUGCAGGGAAAGAAUGCAUCUGAGGAAACACAAGCUCUGGAUGCGUUGGGAGUCCUUACUUUUGCUAGCGAUGUCCUCCAGCCGUUGGCCAGGAGCCAGCGGGCAUUGGCACUGCAGAAAUUCUACCUGUCGGGUAUGCUUGCGAAAGAAAAAGACACAACCCUUCGCAUCCUGAGCAGGCUGCGAGAUGAAAGUCAUCUUCUCCCAGAGUACCCAAUUCUGGCACGCCAGCCGCGGUUUAAACAUGCAACAGCAGCUUUGGCUUCGCACCAGGCCACGGGCACAGAAUCUGCCAAGCCAGACCAACUUGUUGGUCUGGCCGAGGCAUGGGCAUCUGCUUCGGAUGCAGCAGGGAUGACUGAACAAGAAUACGUAGGGUACCGACUGGAGGAAGGGAUGGAGACAGCGCAGGAUGCACAACAAGUGCUGGAAGAUGUCUAUAGUAUACUUAACCAAAACCUGGAGGAUACCUUGUGUGACAGGCAAGGCGGAUCGGGCGAGGACAGUAUCGGGGCGUCGGGGGCACGAUUAACUCGGUCACGGGCCAAAAUGCAGCAGAGCCAACAGUCAGCAAAAGGUCCAUGGAGUGGGCUACAUGGUCAAGUGGCCGUUGGCAGAUGAUCUGUGAUGACGAGCAGCCACUGAUAUUACGUGAUGUUGUUUCUUGGUCUUGUCUCGUACGCGUAGAUUGCUUGUCUUGUGUUAUCGCGCCCCGUUCCCCCACGUUCUUCACUUGCCUGUUAGAAAUUUUCGAACAUAGCGCCAAUAGUACUUGUUUCUUCAACGGCUGUUUCAGUCGUGAUGGAGUGAUGAUCGUUUGAAUAAAGAAGGGUCUCACCAAGAAGAGCUGGCCCAUCCCAGGAUUUAAAAACUCUUCCAGGCAAAAGCGGUGUUACCAGAGAGGGGAGAUGGCAGUUCAAGUCAGUAUGACCUGAUACGCAGAUUGGGGUACUCGUUCAAUCCAUUGCACAGAUCAUAUGGAGC